UCGCAGGUGAGUGACAGGCAGCCUGGCUGUCUGUCCUCAGGUGAGCGGCAGCUGAGCAGCACGACGACCCGCGGAAAGACGAGAAGACAAAAAGCCCCGAAAAAUGACUGAAACGCUACUUUCCUGAUAUCGUGAGCUGAGGCGGGAUAAACAGUCCAACAUGCUGAAUUCAGGAGUGUGUUGCGCCAGCCUCAAGGACAGCAAGACCUUGAUGAAGAUGGGGCUGGGGCUCGUGCUGGUGGGACAUGUCAACUUUCUUCUCGGCGCGUUGGUGCACGGCGCCGUGCUCAGGCACAUCAACGUGCACGCUCAGGCUCGGACUAUGGUGUACGCCAUCGCUAAUGUCAUUGCCAUCGUGGCGGGCCUGCUGGGAAUUAUCAGUGGGAUAACGGCCAUUGUUCUGUCCAAAAACAAGAAAAACAAGAUCCUGAAGUGGAUGCUGCUUGUCUUCAGCCUCUUUGGGGGUCUCCUGGCUCUCGCCUCCACUCUCGGUUUGUCGGUUUCUGUAGUGAAAGCCAUUCUUCAUAAGGGACGAAGCCUGCUGACACACUGCAACGUCAUUCCUGACCCUGUUGUCGGCUCCUCCAGCAUCACAUAUGAAUGCCCCUUCGAUCCCACCCGUAUCUACGGGACUACGAUCAUUCUGUGGGUGCCGCUCAUCUUGAUGUCCGUCGUGGAAUUGGUGUUCUCCUUCCGCUGCUUUGCUGCCAGCGCUUCCUUCCUUUACCUCUGUCCCUGCAGGAGGAGGCCGAUCCGGGCCAAGAGGGUGCGUAUUCAGCGGCGGGUCGAAACGCCGACGUCUCCUCCACCUCAACACUCGGAUGUGGACGUGGAGUCGGAGCCUGCGGAGCAGGACGACCUGCUGCACGGCGGCGCUGCAGCGGAGCAGAGUCAGUGGCUCUGAAGAGCUAAACACUGCUGGAUUCAUCAGCAGGAUUAAAAUACUGUCUUCUGAAGUUGUGAUAUAUCAUUCAUCUGUUACUCAGUUAUACUUCAAGGAAAUCUUAUCUUCCUCAGUUAUUUUUUAAGAAACAUUACUGAUGUUUGUUUGAAAUGAUGUUUUUGUUUACAUGUAUCAUGACCUUUUUAAAAACUGGAUUGUGUCUGUUUUUCGUAAUUUCACUUCCACUAAUCUCAGUCAGAGCAUUUCACAGCUGCCUUCAGUGUUUUGUGAUUGAAGCCGAUCACUUUUCAGAAGAACACUUCAAGCUCUUUUCUUUGUUCGGUAACAUUUUUACUGAUUUUUGUCAAGAGUACAAAUAUAUACAACAAAUUAUUAAGACAUCUGUCUCACUUUUCAUCGGACUUUCAGGUCCAAAGUUCAGUGAAACACAAACUUAACAGCACAAAAACACAUACUGUGAGGCAGGAGCCCCUCACAUUUAGCAAUGAUAAAGAGCACGUACUAAAUAAUAACCAAAAACAUAAGAAUGGAAAUUGCUAAUGCAGUGCCAUGUAGUAGCUACUCAGGAGAAUGCAACCCUAUCACUGACCCUAGCAGGCGAGCCCAGCGACACAAAUAUAUUACAGAAACAGGAUCUACUGUACCAACAUGCUUUAACUACGUAUUUAAAGGCACGGGACAAAGGUGGGACAGAAAGACAUGAAAACUGUAGCCAAAAAUAUCUAUGAUUUAAAUAAAUUAAAUCCUCAGAUAUAUAAAAGCAGGUGUGUGUGCGUGCGUGUGUGUGUAUGUACUGUGCUAAGCCAUUUUUACAGAGUUGUUCAUGAGAAAAAGCAAAAAAAAAAAAAAAAAAAAAAGCAUAAAAACAAACU